UUGGGCAUUGCGACUCUCAGCUGUUUCGGACUGGAGGAAAGAGGGAGGCUUUGAGUGAGAAUUUGGAGCAAAAUGGUCUGGUGAAAGGUGGGGGGGGGGAGAGUAUGGUCCUGAGGCCAAUCUCCAUGACAUUACAAGAGAGUGGCAGCAAACAGUAAUGGACAGGCUCCCUUUGACAGAGCUGAGCCGGAUCUGCGAAGAACGCCAACUGAAAAGCUCACUAUCUGGACAAUAACCAUGAAAUUGAUCUGCGACAACAUCAACGAGAAAUGAUGAACACUUGAGUGUUUUGAUCAACUCCAGAAUUUGCUUUGUACGAAAUGCAUCAGGAGUGGUGUGUGACCAGAUUGCAGGUGGUCAUGCCUAAUUUGCAUCACCACUGACUUGGCACCUUAGUUGUUGCUGAUCAGACCUAGCUCUACAGUGUCUCAUAGGUGGUACAAAGCCGUCUCAGAACUCGUGUUAUGUACCAUACAGAAACCAAGAAAUAUCUUGCUCUGCCACAUCAGUUCAUAGUCCCCUGUCACAAUGGCGUGUAAUGACAAUGGCUACAAGAUAUCACCAGCACGAGCCUCCUUGACAUCAUUUGAAGCAGUAGAGGAAGCAGAUGUGAUUCACUGGAUAAAUGAUCCGAAUGGACCAGGCACCCGUAGUCGAAGCAAUAGCAUAAAUGGUUCAGAGCUGCAAAGCAGCCCAUCUGAGAGACCAGAGUUGUACAAUGGCCGGAUGCUACUGGACCUUACUUCCAGUGGCUUCUGGUGGUCUCAGGGAUUCGAUCUGGAGUCAUGCGUGGAGAGUCUUGCAAGAUUUGGAGUUCAGGUGCCACCAGAAGAUUACGAGCUGCCUAUUCAAGUAUCCUUAAUGAACACAGAAGUAAGACGCUACAUGUACUUUAGUUCCACUGGCUUCAUGAUGCUGCUUGCCCCAGUAUUUUAUUUGGCGGCUUGGUGUUGCCUGUUCUCGACCUUUCACCUCUACCUGGGCCAGUAUGUGAAGAGCUUCUAUUGGGCUUUCUGCCUGCUAAUCAGUGUCGUCGCUAUACUGCUGACCACAGUCCUGCUGCUCCUAUUGCACCGACAUCAUCAAAAGAUUAAUGUAAACACAGAUAUGCGUCUCAUCUGGGCCAAUGAGAACCUCAUGAAGCACAACAUUUUAGUUGGAGUAUUGGAUGCUACAAAGUAUUGCAUGAGUAUGCUUCAUCUCUGCUUCAUGUAUUUUGAUGUUAAGGAGUGUGAGGGGAGACUCACUUCCCUACUGGAAGAAAGACAUCAGACACGUUCUGGACUUCAGUGCCUUUUGAAUCAGAAGCUGGGCCACCUCUGCAUCGUUAUUGAAACAAAUCAAGUCAGUCCCCUGAACAACAUGCAGGCACAGUCUGAAGAGACUCCAUUAUUAUCAGGGGAUAAUGAGGACUCUCGCAGCAAUGGCAAUCAACAAACACAGCAUGUCUUUAACACAUUGACAUGCCUGGUGCCUAAAGGCACAGCUCAGGAAAUAGCUUAUCAGUUGCUGGUCACCUACAGUGGGCUUUAUGUGAAAUUACUUGCAACGCAGCAGCUACCUUGCAUCAGGUCUUCCAUUCAUGCAAAAGAUGCAAAUGUUCCCUGUCUUUGUCAGUACAUAGAGACUUCAAUUCUAAACCUGUCAAGCCGUGAACUGAAGUAAUCAUCUUCAAAUCUGAACUUUGCAAAAUUGAGCAAUUGUGAUCCUUUCUGCAGUAGCAACAUUGGACCAUGAGCACUGAUUUAAAUCUGUGAACAAGCUGUUUUUUUAACUUUUAAGUGCUUUAUGAAAACAAUCUGUUGAACAAAGGGCCAGUGAGCUUUCUGUCCUAUGGCAGCAGUUGGCCUGUUCCAAAAAAAAAAAGCACAGGCAAGACUUACUCAGCAAUUGCACUUUUAUCUGUUUAUUCCAAAGCAUCCAGUGGGAAGAUCAUUCCCAACCUUCCUCCCCUCUUCUCCAACUUGUGUGUGCCAUCAUGGGACUUCAUAAAGGGGAUGACUAACCAAAGAUUCAUGGGUGCGUUGCUUGGAGUUUAUUUUAUCCCUCGAUGUGAAUAGGUGGAAAAUUGCAGUCAAAAUUAGGGCGUUUUGACAGAAUAAAUGGGGAGAGACCAUUUUCAGUGAAGGGAGGGCUUGGUAGUCAGAGCACAGCAAUUUAAGACAAUUAGCAAGAUCCAAAGGAGGUGAGAAUUUUUUUUUAAACGCAGCAAGUUAUGAUCUGGAAUGCACAUCCAGAAAGGGCAAUCGAAGCAGAAACUUUGAAAAAGGAAUUGGUAAUUAUUUGAAGGAGGGAAAGAGCAGGAAGGAGUCGAUCUAAUUAGAUAGCUCUUUCAAAGAGGCACAAUUGCCUGAUUGGACUCCUUUGCUGAAUGGAAAAUCACAAGCUUACCAAAUCAGUCAACCACCCCGUUGCAUGUGAGGCCUUUGUGUCUGGUACAGGGUUCAGAAAAUUUGCAUAUAUAGAGAUGAUCCUCUAUUUGCUGGGUUUAUUUGAAAUGUGUGAACAAAUGCUUUGCCACACCUUAAGAUUUCAUAGCGAAAAAUAACUUUUUUUUAAGUGUAAAUAUUUUUAAAUAUUUAAGAAGUGAUACAAGUUUUAGUUUUGUCAGAGAUUAUUUAAUGGCAUGAGAAAUGCAAUUUAGCAUUUUAUUAGUAAGAGAGAUCAAAGGAGAGUUGGUGUACUUCUGGCAAAGUAGACCCUGGACAGCUCCCCCUGUACUUUAGUCUUAAAUAAAAAGCUAUUCUUAACAACAA